UUUUAACGGUUAGAAUUGUGCAAAAAAAAAGGGGAAUGUUUAAAACCUUUCCGUUAUCAUUAUCACAGAAAAAGGGUGCAAGGAAAUCUUCAGUAAACGUAGAUUAGCUCUCACAAAAAAAAGACGAGAUAAAGUGUAAUAAAGUCUCGAGGAAAUUUUAUGGUUUUUACUAUGAGAGACAAUCUGAUGGAGAGAAAAGUUUAAAUGAAAUAAAAAAUAUUUGUUUUUAAUAUAUAUAUAUAAAAAAAAGCACGAGGGAAAAUAUUUAGGAAAUUUUUUAUAAAUUAGACAAAUAAACUUUUUUUUAAAAAAAAAAGAACUAGCAACUUCUUUCAAAUGGAGCUCCAAUUAAUUAUGGAUACUGGACCUGAAACCCUCAGUGGAGCAAUGUGGUUAAACAGUAAUUCUUCGCCAUCCUUUCAACAAGUUACAUCAAGCCAUCAAAAUGUAUGUGAAGGGAUCACAGCUCAAUCAAUGGGAUAUCAUGGCCCGAGCAAUGAACUUUGGCAAGAGAAGCGAAAUAUGGUUAAAAAUUCUCCAGAAUCGGAAUCACAAAUACGUUCUAAUAAUGCGUCACCCCAUAAUAAUUCAACAUCAAUUGUUCUUAAUCAAACGAAAAAUCUCCUCAAACGUACAGCCGAGGAUUCUUUGCAGCAAAUCGAGGAAAUCGACAGAAAACAUGCUAGAACCGAAGGAUCUGUAGGAAGUAAUGGAUCUGGACAAGGUUGGACUACACAAGUGGAAGAACUUGCAGAACAUUUGGCUGCUGAUUUUGAUAAUUCUUUGUCAGCUCUUGCCGCCUCCGAUCUUGCCACUGCUGUUGCUUCUUAUAAUAUGAGCGAAGCUUUACUGGCUUUACCUUCGCUCACAGUCUUUAAGCAGGAAGCACUGUCUCCUGAAAACCAGCCGAACAAUCCUAAUUUAAACCAUGUUUCACAAAGAAGUGUUAAUGUUGCACCAACAAAUAAUGGAAAUGUCGGUUUACUGGACCCAGACAGCAACAACAAUGGACAAAAUGCACCUAGUCUCCAUCAGCUGUUGUAUAAUUCAAAUGAAGAAUAUCCUCCAACAUCCUCUUCCACAAAUCAUGUUUCGUCUUCUCAGCAAGGUUACGAAUCCAAUGAGGAUUGUCGAUUUCAGUACGUUUUGGCAGCAGCGACAAGUAUUGCUACCAAGGUGAAUGAAGAAACUUUAACUUACUUAAAUCAAGGACAAUCAUAUGAGAUUAAAUUGAAAAAACUAGGCGAUCUUUCAGCUUAUCGUGGAAAAAUUUUAAAGGGAGAUCCGACUUUUUUGUUCCAGUCAACUAUUCGUAUUUGCUUUCAUGAAAGACGAUUACAAUAUACUGAACGAGAACAAAUUCUUGCUUGGCAACGUGCAAGACCAGGUGAAAGACUUUUGGAAGUAGAUGUGCCUCUUAGUUAUGGUAUGGUAGAUGUUUGUCAACCUUCUCCAACAAAUAACAGUGUGGAUUUUAUGUGGGAUCCCACCAAAGAAGUUGGUGUUUAUGUCAAGAUAAAUUGUAUCAGUACUGAAUUCACACCAAAAAAACAUGGCGGUGAAAAAGGUGUACCUUUUCGAAUCCAAGUUGAAACUCGUUUUCCAGAUGGAUCAAGAUUACACGGCGCUUCUUGUCAAGUUAAAGUUUUUAAACUAAAAGGAGCUGAUCGAAAACACAAACAGGACCGUGAUAAAAUUUUGAAAAGACCUCCCCAUGAACAAGAUAAAUAUCAACCCAGUUAUGACUGCACUGUUCUAUCAGACAUUCCACUGGAGUCUCUUUCGUCAUCUACUUCGAUAACUCAAAAUGCUGCUAGUCCAUAUGCUCCAUCAGAGGCAAUAUCACCACAAAGUCGUACUACAAUCAGUGGAAAUUCUUCGCCAAUUUCAACUCCUCUAUCUCUUUCUGUGGGUAAUACUGGCGUUCUGCCAAUUAUCACAGCUUCCGAAUCUGUAAAAGAGGAUCCCAUACCAGCAGCAGCACUUCCAUCUCCAGCUGCUAUAAUUUCCGAACAACCUGAUACAAACGUUAGUUUAUUUUUAGAUAUUUUACAUUUCAAAAAAAAAAAAAUUUCAAAAAAUUUAUUAAAAUUUUCUUUUCAGAUUGUCUCAUAUCCCUUAGAUUUAUCUCCAGAUGCAAAUGCAUCACAAACAUCUGCCUGGUUACGAGGGGCGCGUUUUCAAAAUUUUGAAUCAACUUUUGCCAAUUUUUCAGCUUCUGAUAUUUUACGCUUAUCACGAGAUGACUUGAUUCAAAUUUGUGGUCUUGCUGAUGGAAUAAGACUAUACAAUGCUUUACAUUCAAAAGCACCUGCGCCAAAAUUGAGUCUUUAUUUUUCAAUUGAAGGCAACAAUUCACUUUGGCGAGUUGUUUAUUUGGAAAGUCUUACUAGUGCUUCUCUCACAAGUAAACUAGUUAAAACAUUGAAUUUGCCUCAAGAAAGAUUGCAUUCUAUGCUUCUACUCGGUCCACAAGGAAUUCAUAUACUAGUCACCAAUGAAUUAGUGGCGAAUAUGAAAGAUGAAAACAUGUAUUUCGUUGAAACUAUCAAAGAUGUAAAUAGCGACAGAUACAAAUUGCUUUUAAAGCCUUCUUCAUGCUGAAUGUGCUGAAACCACGGAAAGCCAUUGAAAAACAAAGGCGAAAAGAAUUAAUUAAAAGCGUCAAAUUAUAAAGUGUCCUUAAUUCCACGCCUUCAUGAUAAAAAGAAAAUAAUGAGAGUGACUUUUUAAUUUAGCAGAAAAAUUCGAGUAAUUUUCUUUGAUUUUUAUUGUACUUUUAAUGUCAAAAUCAAUGAAAAAACUCUUUAAAGCAAAGAAAAAAAAAAUUUUUUUUUUUUUUUGCUCAUUUUUAAAGUAUUGAGCGAAAGAAAAAUGCAAUUAUUAUUAAUAUUUUAUUUUUUUUUAUAGUAUAAAACAUCUGAUCCCAAUAUAUACACAUAUAUAUAUUUUUACUGCCAUUUAGAUUUUAUUUUAAUAAAUUUCGUUAUUAUUUUCAAAGUGUUUCUUAUCAGAAAAAAAUUACAAAUAAGAUAUUUAUUUAAUAUCAUAUGUUCAUUAGUGUUUACUGUCAAUCAAAAAUAGAUGAAUUAUUUUGUUAUUUAAAGAGAAAGAUACUCAUUUUAGGACUACUUUAAUUAAUCGUAUAAUAGUAACGAUUAAAUGAUCUGCGUAUUCUUAUUUGUUACUUUUUUUCAAAUUUAAAGUUAUUAAAAAAUAUAUAUAUAUAUAUUUAUUUUAUAAAGAAAUUUAAUAUUUGUUUUAUAAUUACGACUUUAAGCGCUACAAGAAAAAAAAAACUCGAAAUUAGAAAUAAUUAUUUUAUACAAGUAUUGCGCCGUUUCAAUUUCCUGUAUUUUUAUAACUAAAUUAAAUUUUAGGAUAUGAUAAUUAAUCAAUAUAUUCAGUGCCAAUGUAAAAAAUUAUUGCUUAAUUGAAUUUUUAUCUAAAAUUUUACAUAAAAAGGAAAAAUAUGUAUUUUUUUUUUGAUAAAGGUUCUUGGGGUGGCGUGAUCCUUUUUGAAAAAUGUUUAAAUAUAUUUUCUCUCGUGCAUGAGACAAUAAAAAUUGACUUAUUACUGAA